AUGGAGAUAGGCUCUAGAUAUGAAGGCUCUUCUCGAUUCUAUGACGCUGCAGUGGAUAGUAUGAUGAAUGAUAUCAUAGACCAAGAGGCACUGCCACGGAGCGCAGUAGACUGCCAACCACCAGGGACGUUCGUGACAGCCAAUAACAGAGAUGGGCCUGCGCUUGAAAGAUUAUCUAAUAUCAACGCCGCCGAGGAUACCAUGAUGAAUGAUGUUCUUAACGAAGAAGCUUCACCACCCAGAGCAACAUACCCUCCUUCAUCGAAGACAUUACAUGAAGUGCCUUCUCGUCUCAACACUUCGCAGCAAGGAAUUAUAUAUGACGUUCAUAACCAGGAAGCCUCGCUACAGAUACCAGAAAACCACCUGGCGCUGAGGACACAAUACGAAGGGUCGUCCCCCCUUAACGCCGCGGAGGAUGAUAUGAUCAAUAGUCUUCUAGAGCAAGAAACAUCAUUACACAGACCAUCUAGCGCUAAAUCACUUCAGAAUGUUUCUCAGUGGAAUAUUCCAGCCUCACCCAACCAGUAUUCAAGGUCUGAAGUCUCCUCGUCAUACAAGAAUCAGCAACGAGCGCAAACUUUACAUCAGCUUCAGGAACAAUCAGGGUUCUCUGAGCCACUUCUCCCAGGUAUUAUGCAGCACUUCAGAUCACAAGGUGUGCCUGAAAGUAUUAUAACAAACAACAAAUCUCGACCUCUUUCAUCUUACUCUGAACGGUCCUGGGAGACCCCAUCUAUGGCAUCGCGGUUGACUGAUGACAAAUUAUCCAAGGGCAGGUCAGGAGAGAUCUAUCAUUGGGAAACUGGAAGAUGGCAUAUGGUCUUCAAACUUUCAUUAGAUGAAAAGGAGAGCGUAGAGGCGGAAUUUGAAAGAUACCAAAAUGAGCGAUACCAAAACGAGCACCUACUUAUUUUUGAUCGUAACUUGCGAAUAGUCAGUAAGAAUUCAAUUUGGCGAGCUUUGAAGCAAGAGGGCAUACUGUUACUGAUCCCAAGGAAACUGAGAAGCGACGUCGGCAGACGGAUAAAAGCUCCCUUUUAA